GCGAAGAGGAAGGACGUGGACAAAGUUGCAGGAGAAGUUGUGGAGAUCAGAAAUGGAAGCGCAGGAGGAAUUCUUUGCGGGUGCUGAUGGGGAGGAAGAUGGAGGACUGGCUGAGAUUCUCCGUCUGCUACUGGCACUCCUUCUGUGGCACAGCGGAUCCCUUUGGGGCCCCGACCCUCCACCGGCCCUGGAAUAAAGGAACUCCGAUGGAGUCAGCCAAGAAGCGACUCCGAGCUGCUUUUGAGUUUUUCACCAAGCUUGGUGUGAAAUACUACACAUUUCAUGACAGGAUUAGAGGCAGAAACACAGCAGUCCCCACACCAGAGGCCUCCCCCUCUUCUGCUGCGGCACUGGAGCUUUUAAGGACUUCCUUCUCCAGGUGCACCUCGUCUGAACCUCGUUACAUUAUGCAUCACACCUGAGGAACCAAAGGGAAAAAGAAACAGGGGUUGCGUUCCAAAAAUCAGCUCCUAAAUUCUAACCCUAUCUCCUAUUCCUUGACCUCUGAGUGAAACGUCACGGGGUUA